AUGUCUGCUGUCAACGAAAAUACUUUCGACAACAUGUCUGUUGUCUACGGAAACAAUUUCGACGACAUGUCUGCUGUCUACGGAAACACUUUCGACGACAUGUUUGAUGUCUACGGAAACACUUUCGACAACAUGUCUGCUGUCAAUGAAAACACUUUCGACAACAUGUCUGAUGUCUACGGAAACACUUUCGACAACAUGUCUGCUGUCAAUGAAAACACUUUUGACAAGAUGUCUGCUGUCAACGGAAACACUUUCGACCACAUGUCUGCUGUCAACGGAAACACUUUCGACAAGAUGUCUGCUGUCAACGGAAACACUUUCGACGACAUGUCUGCUGUCAACGGAACCACUUUCGACAAGAUGUUUGCUGCCAACAAAAACACUUUCGACUUCACCUUCGGUGAUGUCAAUGGCGCGGCUGAUUUUGGCGCGACCAAUUUUUCUACUGACGAUGUCGCCGUCGCCCCCAUGACCAACGAGGAAUUCAUGGAGGCAAUGAUUCACUACAAUCCCGAAAACGCGAAAAUCUUCGAAAAUGAUGACGUCCAGAUGGUGGAUUCAACCAAGGCCACGGACGAUGCGAAGAGCCUCCACGCCCUAAUGACCUUUGAUCCCACAGAGGUCAACCCAACCCCCCACAACUCCCGCCAACCAUGGGUCUGGCACCAAGAUUGUCUUUGGCCUGCCAACCCCCCCCAAGCAACCCCGACUUAG